AUGUUGAAGACUAUAGUGCAAAGAAAUCUUCAAAUACUUGAUAGCGAUCUUGAUUUUGAUUAUACUUUGAAUAAUGAUGAUGAAAGGGAGUUGAUAGUGAUUUUGUAUGAAGAAAGGUUGAAUAGAGAUUAUAAUGAUGUAUUAAAGACGACAUGUGCGAUUGGUAGAAAAAGAUUAUGUCAUGGCUAUAGACGAAAAUGA